CUGAGCUCUGAACAGUUGGAAGGAACAGCACAUCCUAGGCUCACGUGGGCUCAUAAAGGCUGGUCGGUCGUGGAGGCUCGAGAAGGCAAGGCGAGUCCUGAGUUCUCUGGGUGAGAAUGGGCAAGUGGCCCAGAAGAGACCGAAGGGGUGGUUUGGCACGAUAGUGCCCAGAGGAGGGCUAGGGUCUGUGGCCCAGGGCUCGUCUCUCACUUCCCUCCGGUGAGGCACAAGAAGGCCUGAGGGCCGGCACAGCGGGGGGCUGGCCAGGGUGCCCUUGCUCAGAAGGAAGGCAGGCGCGGCUGCAUGCUCCGCAGCCCCCCGCCCCCUCACUAGAAGAGUCCCGGCUCACAGCGGCCCCUCACUUCCCUCUCUGGCAGCCACUACGCUUGAGACCUGCCUGUUUGACCGCCACCCAAAGAAGUGAAACCACCCCGUGAAAUAAAGUGGAACACCCCAGAAGCCCUGGUGGGGAGACCGGGUCUUUCCUUGCGACUCGUCAGCAGAUGAGGGAGCACAGCCCCCGUGAGGACUGUCCCUGGGCCCUGUACAAGCUGCGUUUCCUGCCUGCACCCCCAUGCAGGGGGCACCACUUUCCCACACUGAGGCCUCCCCUGGGCUGGGGUGUGAGAUGAGGAUCUGAGGUGCAGUCAAGUGGAGAAGCACUGACUACGGGCACCCAGCCUGGCCCUCUUCUGGACCUGUAGGGGACAGGAGACAAGGAUGGGUGGCAGGCCCUACUCUGGACUUGUACACUCCCCAUCAGAGGGACAAGACACACAGGGAGAGUCUGAUGGUCAGAAGGGUGGGAGGUGGGUAUGGGUACUGGCUGCCGAAGCCUACCCAGUGCUCUCAGCAGCCCUGAGAGGUGUUGCCUGUCGUCCUCCCCGUUUCACUGAGGGAAAACUGAGGCUGGGUGUGGCCACUCUUCCAGGACCCCACCAGGAAAAGGCGGUGGAGCUGUGUCCUACCCAGGUAGGCCGGCCUCACUGCUCACUUGUAGGCUGGUGCCUGCCCAGGGCCUCUGCUCACGUGGAGGCCUCAGAAAGUGCAGAAGGGUCCUAACUGAGUGAGCAGAGAGAUGGCUCUGUCGGGGCAGGGGUUCUGGAGCGGAGACUCGAGGGAGUGCAAGAACUGCAUGGGGUAGUGGAGGACUGGCUGUCCAGGCACGCCGAGGGGUAAGACCAAGAGGGGACCCGUGUAGCCAUGUGGUGCGUGGACACGCCUGCUGCCUGGCACAGGCCGGGGCCGCACUGUUGCCUCACCUCCCAUACCCACUGUCUUCAGCCACCUCUGACCACGAGGACACUGGUGGUAUUGUCAGGUACCACGUUCUGGGGUGCUUUCUGCAGACGCUGUACUUCUUCACGCUCCCAGCAGCUCAGUUGGAGGGCACAGUGAUGACUUCAGUGCUCCCUCCUGCCCCCACAGCCGCCCUCGUCCCAGCACACCUCCACCUGCUGUGAGAGGGAAGGGCCGAGUACCAGUGGUCGUUCCUGCUGUUCUGAUCACCAGGCAGCUCCUCAGGGCACUGGUGCCAGGCACCCGCUAAGUGCUUCUUAAAGACUCCAGCAGCCCCUGGGCUGGGGGAGGCAUCCCUGUCCUGCAGUUGGGGCCCCAGAGCUGGGAAAGGCUCGGCAGCCCCCGCUGUCCCAGGAAGUGAGUGUCUGAUGAGUGUUGGGCCCCCCCAAAGCCUGUGCCCCUUCAAAGUCUGUGCCACCACUAAUAGCUCACGCUACCUUGUAAUAAAAAUGUUAUUUCUUUUUUACAAAAUUCAAUCCUAGACCUUUGAGAAUAGGGGCAAGCCCCUAGUUGAUUUCUACAGGGACUUUUGUGCCAGAGCCUCCUGGGUCAGUGUCAGCUGAGGGUGUGUGUGUCCCAGGCAGGGCCAGCCCUGUCAGGUUCUCGCCUGGUGGGCUUCUGCCCCUUCCUGAGCACCACAGCACACGCAGUGACAGCGCAGAACCACAGAGGCCCUCUGAGUGCCCGUGUGUGGCUCCGGCCGUCUUCUGCCUGCCAGCCCCGACCCAACCGACCAAGUCUAACACCCACACUGCUGAAAAGUGCCGUGGGGUGCCCUGGGCCUCAGGUCUGUGUCUGCCCCUCCUGGGGUGACUUGGCAUCUGGCACCUCUGAGUGUUUCCUGCAGGUUCAGACGCCACCGUGACCAGCAUGAGGCCUUGCCUUGGGGGACUCCCAACCUGGUGGGGCACUGAACUUGAGACGGGCACCGAGGCAUGGAGGCGGGUGGCAGCUGGUCAGCGAGAAGGUUGGUGGUGCCGAGGGGACCAAGCUUGACGAUGACUUCAAAGAGAUGGAAAAGAAAGUGGAUGUUACCAGUAAGGCCGUGACAGAGGUGCUGGCCAGAACCAUCGAGUACCUCCAGCCUAACCCAGCCUCACGGGCCAAGCUGACGAUGCUCAACACGGUGUCCAAGAUCCGGGGCCAGGUGAAGAACCCCGGCUACCCGCAGUCGGAGGGCCUGCUGGGCGAGUGCAUGACCCGCCACGGCAAGGAGCUGGGCGGCGAGUCCAACUUUGGUGAUGCCCUCCUGGACGCGGGGGAGUCCAUGAAGCGCCUGGCCGAGGUGAAGGACUCUCUGGACAUCGAGGUCAAGCAGAACUUCAUCGACCCCCUCCAGAACCUCUGCGACAAGGACCUGAAGGAGAUUCAGCACCACCUGAAGAAGCUGGAGGGCCGGCGCCUGGACUUCGACUACAAGAAGAAGCGGCAGGGCAAGAUCCCCGACGAGGAGCUGCGCCAGGCCAUGGAGAAGUUCGAGGAGUCCAAGGAGGUGGCCGAGACCAGCAUGCACAACCUCCUGGAGACGGAUAUUGAGCAGGUGAGCCAGCUCUCUGCGCUGGUGGACGCGCAGCUGGACUACCACCGGCAGGCGGUGCAGAUCCUCGAGGAGUUGGCCGAUAAGCUCAAGCGGAGGAUGCGCGAGGCCUCAUCACGCCCCAAGCGGGAGUACAAGCCCAAGCCCCGGGAGACCUAUGACCUCGGAGAGCUGGAGCAGUCCAACGGGGGCUUCCCCUGCACCACAGCCCCCAAGAUCACAGCGUCUUCAUCCUUCCGGUCUUCGGACAAGCUGGCCCGGACCCCCAGCAGGAGUAUGCCGCCCCUGGACCAGCCGAGCUGCAAGGCCCUGUACGACUUUGAGCCCGAGAAUGAUGGGGAGCUGGGCUUCCGUGAGGGUGACGUUAUCACACUCACUAACCAGAUCGACGAGAACUGGUACGAGGGCAUGCUCAACGGCCAGUCAGGCUUCUUCCCACUCAGCUACGUGGAAGUGCUGGUGCCCCUGCCGCAGUGACCCGCCCACCCGCCCUGGCUGCCCAUCCGGCUCCUAGCCGGAGCGCCCCUCGCCUCGCAGCGUGGUGGCAGGAGAGCCUGCACUGGGGUUCCCCAGGCCUGUCCCCGGGGUUGCCCAAGGUACUGCCCAUGGCCUCGAGGCCUGGGCCUGAGCAGGGCCUUUUGGGAGGGGGCAGCAUGGCCAUUUACAGGCUCCCACCUCUGGGGUGGGCGUCCCUUCCCCCUCCAGCCAGCUGUUGGGGCCCUGGCAGUCUUUCUACUUCCGCUCACUGGCUCCACCCUCAGCCUAGUCGGACCUCCGGGCGGGGCUGACACUAAGGUGCUCUCUGAAACACUAACGUUCCCCCUGAUCCCUCCAGGGUGGACCACUCUUACCAACACGCCAGGUCCCCCACCUCCGCCCUGCCCAGAACUCCUCGCCUUAAUGGGACAGGCUUGAUCCGUGUGAGGGGUGGGUCACAGUGAGCCACCCCUGGUUUUAAACCCCCCAAGGCUUCCUUCCCAGCCUGUUGCUGGCGAUGGGCCCCCAGGGCCCCCAGCCCCUGCUCAAUCAAAGGCCCUGACCCAGGCUUUGCACGGAAGCCACCUUCCUGGAGCUGAGGGCCCUCUGCAGCCACCCCAGCCAGGGCCGGCCCCCAUGCCCUCUGUCAGCUCUGCCUGGGGCACGGGGCCGGUCGUGGCUGUGUCCCCGACCUGUCCCAGGACCAACCGUCCACCCCCAGGGUGAGCUGCCUUCAGCACCCCCCCCACCCCCCACCAGCUGCUGUCUCUGGGGCCUCUCUCUCACUCCUGCGGGGGCUCUGCCCCACCUCACCCCCACUCUAUCUCACGCCCCUUUCAACCUCUUACUGCCCCAACCAAGCACAAGGAGGGGUGUCUCAGGCCACAGGUGCCACCACCAGCUAUACACACACACACCCAGACACCCUCAACACGGGACCACGGGCCCCGGCCCCAGCCCAGUGACGGUCAAGCACAAAGGCUUCGAUGAGUGAAUGUACCUAGACCCUUGCUGCUGGCCCAACCUGGGCGUUAGCCAUUGGCCUCGACCUGGAGCCCAACGACUCCCCUAGACCAUGGAGACAGCUCUUGGGAGGGGGAGACCUUCUAAGAGCAGAGCCCCAGGGCUCCGGGCCUUGCCACACCUACAUUCCCCACCGCUUGCCCACCUGGACCCCGCCAUGUGCCGCGUUGUCAUGAUGGGGCACAGACAUCUCAGCGGAGAAGAACAGUGUGGCCUCAGACGCGGUAUCUCAUCAGCUAGGGCAUAUCGAAACGUAACCCUGAUUUUUUAAAAGAAGUAUUAAAUGUCUUUGUAUGCUCC